GAAAAAAAUGUCGCCUCUAUUCUCUUUCAAAAUGUUAAUAUUUCCAUUAAUUAUGGCAAGUCUAUGGGCAGCUGCUUCAGCCAAUUUUUAUAACCUUGCAGAUAUCACUUGGGGCGAAGGACGUGGUAAAAUGACAGAAGGAGGCAGAGGUCUCUCUCUGUCACUUGACAAAUUUUCGGGGUCGGGUUUUCAAUCCAAGAAUGAAUAUCUCUUUGGAAGAUUUGACAUGCAACUCAAGCUUGUCCCUGGAAACUCUGCAGGCACUGUCACCACUUUUUUUCUGUCAUCACAAGGAGCAGGGCAUGAUGAGAUUGAUUUCGAGUUCUUAGGCAAUGUUUCUGGCCAACCUUACACAGUUCAUACCAAUGUUUAUUCACAAGGCAAAGGCAACAAAGAACAACAAUUCCACUUGUGGUUCGACCCAACUGCUGCAUUUCACACUUACUCCAUUGUGUGGAAUGCUCAGAAAAUCAUUUUCUUGGUGGAUAACAGCCCAAUCCGAGUAUUCAACAACCAUGAAAGCCUUGGAAUUCCAUUCCCCAAGGCCCAACCCAUGAAAGUGUACUGCAGCUUAUGGAAUGCAGAUGAGUGGGCGACACAAGGAGGCAGAGUGAAGACUGAUUGGACACAAGCACCUUUCACUGCUUAUUACAGAAACUUCAAAAUUGAUGGAUGUGCAGUGUUAUCUGGUUCCAAUUCAUGUAAGUCCAGUAAUUCAGCAAACGAUGCUAGGACAUGGCAAACACAUGAACUUGAUGCUAAGGGCAGGAAUAGGCUACGAUGGGUGCAGAGCAGACACAUGGUUUACAAUUAUUGUGCUGAUUCUAAGAGGUUUCCUCAAGGAUAUUCUCAAGAAUGCAAGCGUUCAAGGUUCUAAGUUUUUGGAAAAAGGAAAUUGUGGCACUGUCUAUGUUACUUAUCAAGAUUCUAUUGAUUCUUCUCAUAUUUGUGAAUAAUAAUGAAUAUAUGUACCGAAUUCUUUAUUUGUAAGAUCAAAAUUCUUUACUCUUU